AUGAAGCCUAUCGAGUUUUGGACAGCAAACAGAGAAAACGUCCAGCCUAGGUCCAAACGCCGACUACCCAGUGAGAGCGAGAUCAGUGUGGAGAACUUCCAGCGAGAGCUCUAUGAGGUGGAGCCCGAUGAGGAAUCGUGUCUUACCGACGAGGAGAAGCUGGCACAGUUUCAGCUGGGACAGUUGCACUUUGGUCUCAGAUAUGAUGUCUCAACAAAGGUCCUUGUUGUCAAGAUGAUAGAAGCUAGAGACCUGCCACCCCCUUAUUGCUUGGACGAGACCAAACAGGAUAUGGCCCAUUCGAAUCCGUACUGUAAAAUUUCCUUGUUGCCGGACCAGAAAGCGUCGCAGCAGACAACAGUGCAGCGCAAGACACAGGAACCGGUCUGGAACGAGUACUUUAGUUACGACAUCGACUAUCAGGAGUCUCAGGAGAGGACCUUGGAGAUUCUCUUGAAGGACUUUGAUAAGUUUUCUAGGCAUCGGCUUAUCGGUAAAGUCUUACUGCCUCUGAACACGGUAAACCUGAUCAAAGGAGGCCACAUGUGGAAGCCGUUGUCACCUGGAAAUAAGGAAUGUAAGGAUCUUGGUGAGCUGCUGUUGUCCUUAAAUUAUCUCCCUUCCGCUGGAAGACUCACCGUGGACAUCAUCAAAGCCAAGGGGCUUCUCCAGACAGAUAUUGUGGGAGGCUCAGAUCCCUUUGUUCGAGUGACUCUUGUACACAUGGAGAAACCAAUCAAAACAAGGAAGACAUCAUGUAAAAAAAACACCAUUGACCCAGUGUUUAAUGAAUCUGUUAGUUUCAACCUAACCCAGCAACAGGUGAGGAGAAACCCCGCAUUUUUAUAUAUUGAAAGAGAAAAUAGAAUCGUCAGCGUCUGGGACCACAACUCUAAGUCUAAGGAUGACUUUGUAGGCCGGAUAGUCAUCGGCCACCACCACACAGGACCACAAGAGUUCCAGCACUGGGAACGUAUGCUUCAGUCCCAAAGAUCCCCAGUCGCCCAGUGGCAUUCACUGAAAUCCAGGGCAGAAUGUGAUCAGGUGUCUGUUGCUUCUAUAGCUGUUCACUGA